AUGGAUGUUUUUACUCGUGUUUUGGAUGUAAGAAUGGAGCACUUGGAGUUGGAGUUGUUGCGACUCAAAUCCGGAGUUGUUAAAUGUAAGCAAUUCCCCAAUGAUGAAGGGAUGGACCACUAUGAUCCGGUUGCUAGAAAGGUCAAGAUCACUCAAGAAUCGAACCAACAAGGUUAUUGUCAUGGAGAUCUAACCAUUCAAGCAUUGUCAAAUUUCCUAUUUCUAAAGGAAUGGAACCAACAAGGUUAUUAUCACCGAGAUCUAACCAUUCAAGCAUUGUCAAAUUUCCUAAUUCGACGAUAUAAAUCCCUUGAUUUGGUUAGAACAGAGGCUUAG